CAAAAGAGUUAACACAUCGAGGACCAGCUGCGGUGUCUCUAACAGUGAAACUGGGCCGGGUUUCAGAUUUGAUUUUAUUAUCAUAUUUCAUCUCUGCCUUUCUGUGGCAUCACUUAUACUAUGAAUUUACAUAUGUUUCUGCAUGUACAACAUCUGAUCACGGCUGAAAAGUGCAGCAUAAUCACAAUUUCAUGAUUGCUGUCCUGUGAGAUUGGCUCUGUUGUAAAGUUAGAAAGUAAGAAAGAGAAUUUUAGAUGGAACAAAAAGGGUUGUCAUGUUCAAGUACGGCCGCAAAUCAUCUCCUUCCACAUCUAAAAUCAACAAAAAAGACACGAUCCUACACACUUAUUGGAAAUGUGGCUCAGUUUCCAGCGGACACCGACGCCACAACAGAGCUGUUGAAUGAGCCAGAGCCGGAUCCUGUGUACAUUUGGAGGAAGUGGCCGGUGACACGGAGCUAGCUGAUGUGCUUGUACAUGUCACAGGACAACAGCCAGUAAAAUUAACUGCUAAAUUAGCCCAGAUUGCAGCAGAUAAGGAAGCGGACAUUUUAAAUGAGGAGAAAAUGAGAAGAAAUGGCUGCAAAAGUUGAUUAAAAACAAAAACAAACACUUCCUGUAGUUAAUUUUUCUCCAAAGAUAACUGGAUGUUUUAGAGUAAACACAGGCCGGGAGGUGGGUCUACAUUUUUAAGCACUGAUAUAUGUGAAUAGGUGAACGGCAGCUGGAACUUACGGCACACACAGAACAGGUAAGAAAUGCUGCUCGCUGUGUUGCAGGUAUUGAAAGAGGAGAAUGGGUGUUGUCCUGUAUGCAGUGGGAGACGAUGACAGACAAUGCGUGUAUGUACCCAAGAUGCACCAAGGACGCAUUCAAAUCCUCACAGGUACUCCACUCAGAAUGUAAAGGGUCACAUUAGGCAUUUCUAGCAGAUCAUUUCUUUCUUUCUUCAUUUUAAUUCUGCAUAUUAUUUUAAUGUUCACUCACAAACUACUACAACUACAAACUACACUGCCUCUUGGUCAGCGGCCCGACUUUCAGCAGAUUUUAUAAAAGUCUCUCAAAAAGCACAAUUUUUGUUCCACCCACAGUUCUGUUUUCAAAACAGCAGGUGACCUGCGUAUGGCAGAGGCUUGUUCUUAAUGACGCCGUUUCCAGAGACGGUUCAGGAAGUCGUUAUAGAUCAUCUUUGGUGAAACCAGACGGGCGGAUUUGGCACCAACACAGAGAGGAGAGAUAUCUGAGACACACGGGUCAAAACAAAGUUUAUAUGCUCUUGAUUUGUCCGUCUGGAAAAUACAAUCUCAGCGUCAGAAUGUUCAGAAAAUAGAGUCCGGUGUUUACUUCAGUGCUCAUGUUCACUUCUCAGUCGACAGACUCAAGUCCUGCUGCUGGUGUCCUAAAAAGGGGAGCAUCAAUGGUGAAAACCCCACGUGACACAGAUACAGGAAAUGACACUUCAGUGUGCCGUGUCUUUUCUAGAUCGUCUUUAAUAGUAAUAGCAGAGCUCUCUCUCUCUUUCUUUCUUUCUUUCUUUCUUUCUUUCUUUCUUUCUUUCUUUCUCAGUGUUUCUCUGCAGAGCAUGUGCGAUUGCUAGUUGAGAGUAAAGACAACGGGAAUGGGAGGGACUGCACACUAAUCUAUCGCAGAUUGCAGCGUUGUCUCAGACAGAUAAACAAAUUUCUUUUAAAUGCAUCGCCAUUAAAAUAUACCUGGGCAUGCCGCCCAAGUAAAGCCUAUAUGUGGGGAACACUGAUCCACCCAGACGACACGCAUUCAGCAUUCGUUUCCUUCUUUCCUUGUAAAAAAUCUGAAGUGCAUCUCGCAGUGUUUGAACAGGUCGUUUCAACUCAUUUCACCAUUUACAGGACGGGAGACGACGACUUUAUCAGCUCAUUAAGGAUGUCUUGUGACAGAUGACACAGCAGACUAUUAAGUAUUGACUGGAAACAAACAAAGUUGAAGUCACGGAGUUCAGCUGAAACUACUGCACUGUAACAAACUAAUUCUCACACACAACUCAGCCCCGACUGGUGGAUUUAAAAGCAGCCAAAGUCCACUCAGAAAGCAGCCACAUUAAAUGUUUCAUCACCUGCACAGCAAAACAACAUUUAAAAACACAGACACACAUCUUUAAAAGUGACACACAGGACCAUUUAAAGCUGGUUUAACAUGUGUCAACUCUCAGGAGGUGGUUCAGUCAUAUUGUAGUCCAGUUAGCACGUCCUGCCCUCUUUAUUUAAAGAUAGGCAGGUUUACAGUAAACACACAUUUUUCUGGAGGAAUUCGGUGUCAUGUUUUUCUCCAUACAAGACACAGUGGCAUGCUUCAGCGCUAACAGCAGCCAUGGGGGGGGAAACACACAGGGACAAUGUCAAACCUUUGUGUGCUGUUUAGGUUAGGAGAGGCUUCACAUUUAAUAAUAUGUGGUCAGGCUCUGACACACGCUGACCACCCGGUAACACCGUCUUCCCCCCCCACCACCACCCUUCAAGUCCCACCGUGUACAAACACAAAUAACAUGGGCGUUUCUGGCUCGCUUCACCAGCUAACCACACUAGCAUUGUCGAGCACUGAGAGUGCCCGUCCACUCGGCUCAGCUGCAGCUUAGCAUGGCCACCAACUUCCCACUCCUAAAAUCUGAUUUGGUUUUCAUCUAUCUGGAAACAUGACGAUCAGAACAGCUCGUCCAGACCGGUUACAACAUUUCCGGCCCCGUAUACACUGCUUAAAAAAGCUGGAGGCUACAGUGGUGGAGAUGCAGGACCCAAAAAGUGGGGUCAAGGGCUCGGAGCAGAAACUCAACGUCACUACCAUCCCACAUGUCAUCGCUGGGAAGGACAUCAUUGCAUGGAUUGCCAACAAGAUGAAGAUGACCACAGAAGAGGCUCAGGUCUUCAGCACCAUGUUAGUCUCCUAUGGCUACAUCUACCCCCUGCAGAACCACAAGAAGCUGGUCAUGUGCAACGAUGCCAGCCAAUACCGCUUCCAGACCCCAUACUUCUGGCCUACACAGAAAUGGGUUGCAGAGGACUCUGACUAUGCCAUUUACCUGGCAAAGAGGAACAUCCGCAAGAAAGGCAUGCUGGAAGCCUAUGAACAGACACAUUACAACCACCUCCAUGAAUGGCUGAACCACAAGUGGGACUUUAUUGUGAUGCAAGCCACCGAGCAGUACAAGGCUGGUAAGGAGAGGAAGAAGCCGGAUCGUGUGGUGUUUGACUGCCAGGAGAGAGCUUACUGGAUGGUGAACAGGCCACCGCGUCGUACUCACAGUGCUAUGGAUUGUGGCCCGGAGCGUCUUAUUGAUCCCACUGCAGACGAGAAAAUCACCUUUGACCAGUACAGACGCAUGAACAUCUUCUAUCAACAAGCCAUCAUGAGGUCAAAGGUCAAAUCUAGCGUAUCCCUUGGAGCACUGGUGAAGUACGUCACAACCUACAAAAACCAUGACCCGUUCUUGGCUCCCUGUCUACCCAGCAACCCCUGGCAAACGGACAAUGACACUUACUGGGCUCUUAACAUGAGAAGAGUCGAAGUCCCCACUAAGAUGCGAGUAGAGCGCUGGUCCUUCAGCUUGUUCGAGCUGCUGAGCGACCUGCGAGGUCGAGAUGACUUCAAGGUCUUCCUCAAGAAAGAGUUCAGCGGGGAGAACUUGGCUUUUUGGGAGGCAGCUGAAGAACUGAAGUGGGGCACUUCAUCUUCCAUGUCAACAAAAGCAGCGACCAUCUUCAAGACCUUCUUGGCUCCCGGAGCCCCACGCUGGAUCAACAUUGAUGGCAGGACAAUGGGUUUGACAGUGAAAGGCCUGGACCAUCCUCACCGCUACGUGCUGGAAGCAGCCCAGACGCACGUCUUCCUGCUCAUGAAAAAGGAUACUUUCUUCCGUUACCUCAAGUCACCAGUGUACAAAGACAUGCAGAAGAAGGCGCUGAACCCUGUGCCUCAUAACUUCAGUCCGGCCCAGCUGGAACAAAAUGCUCAGAACCGAAGCCCGGGCAUCAAUCCCAUCAUCCUCUGGGAACAGGAGGAGGUGGAAAAGGCCAAGGCAGCCGCUGCUUCUGCUCCAGUCGAUGUCAAAGCCAUGAUGAGCAAAAUAGACAGGAAGAAGUAGAGAUACAAGAGUGGAAGAGUGUGUGUCAGUUUUGAGUGUCCUGUCACACACAAAGCGGCCAACAGGAAGCGGCCCUUUAUUAGGAUGUAUGAACUGUACAUAAGGAUUUCAUUUAUCCUCGGUGUUAUGCCAGUGAAUGUUGUUCUGUUUUAGCAAAUUACUGAAGGAUUACUGAACAGGCCUAAUCUGUUUUUGAAGUGGCUGUUAACAUUCCUUUACAGAGAGACACAAAAUGACUGUCGUGUUCAUGUUUAAGAAGGGCGGUGGGGCUUUGACAUGCCUGUCCGUCCACGGUCUUCAUAGAUACAUAUUUGAAUGAAAGACAUCUGCAGAAUUAGAGCGUAAAUAUCAGAGGUCACAUAUAAUAUACCAUAGAAACAAAUCAUUGAUCUCAUGUUAUAUGCUUCAAUACACUGCAGAUGAUUAAACAUUUUCAUAGCUGAGCUUGUAAUUGUUUUCAUGCCAACUACUUCAUACUUACGUGACAUACUGGGAAACACUGUAGCUUGUGUUGAUGCAGUGUGUAUGAAUAGAGUAUUCCUGGAUGCAUAUACUGCUGUCUACAAGAUGUUUAAUCAGAUUUAUUUUUAUUAAACUCUACGCUGCAAACUACUGAACCAGUCAUACUCCUAAUGACACCAGUAUGUCAGUGCAGUGAAUUAAAGUGAGCGGAUUUCUCUAUGGAAGAAUUGCAUAGUGUGUAGAUCUGAUUACUGGAUCAAAUGUAAUAAACAAGAUCAAGAUAAAGCAGA